AUGGCGGCUGAGUCGGAAUACGAGUCCAUUCUGUGCGUGAAGCCUGAGAUCAGCGUCUACCGCAUCCCGCCGCGUACCUCCAACCGCGGAUACAGGGCUUCUGACUGGAAACUAGAUCAGCCUGAUUGGACUGGCCGUCUCCGAAUCACUUCCAAAGGGAAGAUUGCCUACAUCAAACUUGAAGACAAAGUAUCAGGGGAGCUAUUUGCCCAAGCACCAGUGGAUCAAUAUCCAGGCAUUGCUGUGGAGACAGUGACAGAUUCUAGCCGAUACUUUGUGAUCCGGAUUCAGGAUGGCACUGGACGUAGUGCUUUCAUUGGUAUCGGCUUCACAGAUCGGGGUGAUGCCUUUGACUUCAACGUUUCUCUGCAAGAUCACUUCAAAUGGGUAAAGCAGGAAUCUGAGAUCACCAAAGAAUCUCAGGAGAUGGACAGUCGCCCCAAGUUGGAUCUAGGCUUUAAGGAAGGACAGACUAUCAAGUUGAGUAUUGGGAAUAUUACAACAAAAAAAGCAGGAACUUCUAAGCCUCGACCUGCAGGAGCUGGGGGCCUGAGCCUACUGCCACCUCCACCUGGUGGCAAAGUGACUAUUCCCCCACCCUCAUCCUCAGUACCCAUCUCUAAUCACGUCACCCCACCUCCCAUCCAGAAAUCCAACCAAGGUGGCAGUGAUGCAGAUAUCCUGUUAGACUUUGAUUCUCCUGUUCCUGUCUCAAAGACACCAGCACCUGCACCUGCAUCUGCUCCUGCUCCUGCAGUGACUGACCUAUGGGGAGACUUCAGUACUGCUUCAUCCAGCUCUGUUCCAAACCAGACACCACAGCCGUCCAACUGGGUCCAAUUCUGAGCAGCAGGGAUAAACUUGAAGACCAAGAGAAUUUUCAAGGGCACCAAUAUGAGGGGGGUGGGAAUUGGGAAACUCCACCUUCUCCAGAAUUGAAAUUCCUGGACAAUCUUUUUAAAAGCUUUCCUAUUGCAAUCAAGAGCUGGUAUAUGUACC